AUGUCCGCCGAACUGCCAAAGGUGGAGAGCCUCAAACUCUCGAAGGAGGGAAAGAAGGAGGAGAAGGAGCCUGAAGUCGUAGAGGGUGAGGAGAACGACGAUGACGAUGAUGAGGGCGAGAAUGACGAUGGGCCUGCCAAUGGAGAGUCCAAGAAGAAGAAGAAGAAGAAGAAGUCCAAGAAGAAGAAGACGGCUGCUGCGACACAGUCUGAACCCCCUCGAGUCGGCCUCACUAAAAUCUAUAAGAAUGGUAUCUUCCCCGUUGGAGAAGAAGUCGAGUACAAGGACGACAACACUUACCGCACAAGUUCCGCCGAAUGUCGUGAACGCGAGCGUCUCGCCCAAGGGGAUCCUUCCACCCAAUAUGCCAACAUUCGUCGUGCAGGCGAGGUCCACCGCCAAGUCCGCGCCUACGCUCAAAAGACCAUCAAGCCGGGCAUGACCAUGACGGAGAUUGCGAACCUGGUCGAGGACGGAACGAGGGCUGUGGUGGAAGAACACGGAUUUGAGAGUGGAAUUGGAUUCCCGACCGGGCUGAGUGUGAAUGAGGUGGCCGCGCACUAUACGCCGAAUCCUGGGGACAAGCAAGUAGUGCUUGGUGACAAGGACGUGAUGAAGGUGGACUUUGGUGUCCACGUCAACGGAAGAAUAGUGGAUUCUGCAUUCACCAUGAACUUUGAGCCUACUUGGGACAGACUCCUCGAGGCCGUCAAGGACGCCACCAACGCCGGUAUCAGCGCCGCUGGUAUCGAUGUCCGUAUGUGUGACAUUGGCGAAGCCGUCCAAGAAGUCAUGGAAUCAUACGAAGUCGAAGUGAAUGGCAAAGUGUACCCUGUCAAAUCCAUUUCCAACCUCAACGGCCACUCCAUCACUCCUUACACCAUUCAUGGCGGUGUCGGUACCCGUCCGGGCAAGUCUGUGCCUAUUGUGAGGCAGCACGGGAGCGCUAGGGAUGAGGCGAAGAUGGAAGAAGGAGAGUACUUUGCGAUUGAGACGUUCGGUAGUACAGGACGGGGGAGGGUCAUUGAGCAGGGGGCUUGUUCGCACUAUGCGUUGAACGCGAGCGCGCCCGAGAGGUACCAGGGGCAGUGGUCUGCCAAGUCUUUAUUGGCUUCCGUCAAGAGAAACUUUGGUACUCUUCCCUUCUGUAGAAGAUAUCUCGACCACGUUGGCGAAAAGAAUUAUCUCCUCGCUUUGAACACGCUGGUGCGCGAAGACUUCAUCUCUGACUAUCCUCCGUUAGUGGACCCGGAGCCUGGAGCGAUGACUGCACAAUUUGAACACACCAUCUUGCUGAGACCGACCUGUAAAGAGGUUGUCUCGAGGGGCGAUGAUUAUUAG